AUGAAUAAUGUUGCUGCAUCCCAAUUAAAUGAUAAACAAGAAAGUCUUAGUAUAUCAGAAAACACCAUCAGUAGUGAUCUAGACAUUGAAACAUAUAUAGUGGAUGAUGUACUGGAAAAACGAUACACAUUUAGCAGAAGUGUAGAAAAAUCAGGACGAAGGAUGAACUACAGAACUUGGUCAGGUCAUCGACAGUAUGCAUGUUUGGACUGUGGGAAAUGCUUCACUCACAGCUCAACUCUAGCUACUCAUCAACGAACACACACAGGAGAAAAACCAUAUGCUUGUUCUCAUUGUGGAAAAAGCUUCACCCGGAGUUCUACACUUGCUACUCACCAAAGAAUCCACACUGGAGAAAGACCAUACAGAUGUAUAGAGUGUGGGAAGAACUUUAUUCAGAGCUCACACCUUGUUUUACACCAGAGAAUCCACACAGGACAAAAGCCUUAUUCAUGUAGUGAAUGUGGGAAAUGUUUUAGUGAUCAAUCCCAUUUUGUCAUACAUCAGAGGACUCACACAGGAGAGAAACCUUACACUUGUACUCAGUGUGGCAAAGGUUUCAGUAGUAACUCAAACCUGGUAGCCCAUCUCAAACUACAUACAGAAAAAACUGUCUAUAUUUGUAACCAGUGUGGAAAAAGUCUCAGCAACAGGCUAACAUAUGCCAGCCAUCAAAAAACUCACUUAGCUGACAAACCAUUUGUGUGUGUGGAGUGUGGGAAAGGGUUUACUCGCAAGCUGCAGUUAGUGUUACACAAGAGAAUCCACACAGGAGAGAGGCCAUUUGCAUGUGAUGAAUGUGGUAAACGAUAUACCAGGAAAUCGUAUCUGAUUAUCCAUCAGAAAAUACACAUCGGAGAGAUCCUGUACGUCUGCAGUGACUGUGGGGAAAGUUUUUCUGUACAUGCCCAUCUCAAGACUCAUAAAAAGUCACACCUAUUGGAGAAUCCUAACUCCGAAUUUAUUGUAGAAAAGCUGUCUGCUGCAGACAAAUAA